AAAUUUUGUACCUGGUGUUAUUAUUUUAACCCUUUAUACAACGUAGCACUGUUUUACUCACAGCAGUGAGGGCUAUUGUUUGAACAACAGAAAUGAUAUAUUGUCCAAACACAGAGAAAAACUCCUGCUGAAGCGACUGAUCUCCACACUUAUAAAGAUGGCGUUUAUUAAAGAGGAGAGUGAAGAUGUGAAGAUUGAAGAAACAUUCAGAGUCAAACAGGAAGAUCUGCAGGAACAAACAGGUGGCUGUCAAAGGAAGGAGGGACCGGUGAACCAGGAAGUCUGUGCCAGGUAUGAUGCAGACCAAAUUGAAGAGAAUGAGGGGAAUAAAGAAGAGGAUCAUCAUGUCAAAAUUGAGGAAAAAACUCAUUUACAGACUGAUGGUAUUUUGAAAAGGAGAGACAAGAAUCAUUUCACCUGCACACAGUGUGGAAAGAGUUUUGGAAGACAAAGCAGUCUUAAAAUUCACAUGAGGAUCCACACUGGAGAGAAACCAUUCACAUGCACUCAGUGUGGGAAGAGUUUCAUCCAAUCAUCAUCCCUUAAUCUACACAUGAUGAGCCACAAUGGAGAGAAACCAUUCACUUGCACCCGGUGUGGGAAGAGUUUCAGCCGCUCAUCACACCUUGAUCACCACAUGAGGAUCCACACUGGAGAGAAACCAUUCAUGUGCACUCAGUGUGGGAAGAGAUUCAGCCUAUCAUCAUCCCUUAAUCAACACAUGAGGAUCCACACUGGAGAGAAACCAUUCAUGUGCACUCAGUGUGGGAAGAGUUUCAGCCUAUCAUCAUCCCUUAAUCUACACUUAAGAAUCCACACUGGAGAGAAACCAUUCACAUGCACUCAGUGUGGGAAGAGUUUCAGCCAAUCAUCACACCUUAAUCAACACAUGAGGAUCCACACUGGAGAGAAACCAUUCACUUGCACCCGGUGUGGGAAGAGUUUCAGCCGUUCAUCACACCUUAAUCACCACAUGAGGAUCCACACUGGAGAGAAACCAUUCAUGUGCACUCAGUGUGGGAAGAGUUUCAGCCAAUCAUCAUCCCUUAAUCUACACAUGAUGAUCCACACUGGAGAGGAACCAUUCACAUGCACUCAGUGUGGGAAAAGUUUCUGCCAAUCAUCACACCUUAAUCUGCACAUGAGGAUCCACACUGGAGAGAAACCAUUCACUUGCACUCAGUGUGAGAGGAGUUUUAACUACUCCUCAAACCUUAAUAAACACAUAAGGAUCCACACUGGAGAGAAACCAUUUGCAUGCACUCAGUGUGAGAGGAGUUUCAACCAAUCAUCAUCCCUUAAUAAACACAUGAGGAUCCACACUGGAGAGAAACCAUUCACUUGCACUCAGUGUGGAAAGAGUUUUGGAAGAAAAUGCAAUCUUAAGAUUCACCUGAGGAUCCACACUGGAGAGAAACCAUUCACAUGCACUCAGUGUGAGAAGAGUUUUAACAAAUCAUCAAACCUUAAUAAACACAUGAGGAUCCACACUGGAGAGAAACCAUUCACAUGCACUCAGUGUCGGAAGAGUUUUAACUGCUCAUCACACCUUAAUAAACAUAUGAGGAUCCACACUGGAGAGAAACCAUUCAAUUGCACUUAAGCCGCGGUCACAAUGGACUUUUCUCCCCAUAGACUUCCAUGUAUACGCAUGCGAAUGUCUCAGACCGAAAACGCAAGUCUGUGUGUUUUGCAGUUCACUGCAUUGCAAAGUUCAAGCUUGGUGAACUUUGACCUGUGAAAUCACAUCACUUGACUGUGUAAGACCAAUUGUAGAUCAAAACAUGACCUCUCUGGACAGAAAUUAAAAAUAUAGACCAAUCGCUCACUUUUUUUAAUGUCUAAUCAUCUUGUUUAAUCCCGCCCCUUUUCUAGGGCUGCUCGAUUAUGGGUAAAAUCAAAAGCACGAUCAUUUUGGUCAUAAUUUUAUAUCACGAUUAUUCAAAAUGAUUAUCAGUUAAGUCAAAAUUAUUCGCCCUUCUGUGAAUUUUUUUUUGUAUAUAUAAAUAUUUCCCAAAUGAUUAUUAACAGAGGAAUUUUUCACAAUAUUUCCUAUAAUAUUUUUUUCUUCUGGAGAAAGGCUUAUUUGUUUUAUUUCGGCUAGAGUGAAAGCAGGUUUAAAUAUUUUGAAAUCUAUUUUAAUAGCUUAGUAUUUCUAGCUCCCUUAAGCAAUAUAUAUUUUAAUUGUCUGAGAAGAAACUACUGUUAUACAAUGACUUGCCUAAUUACACUAAUUAAGCCUUUGAAUGUCACUUUAAGCUGAAUACUAGUAUCUUGAAAAAUAUCUAGUAAAAUAUAAUGUGCUGUCACAGCAAAGAUAAAAGAAAUCAGCAACAAAUGUGUACAACUAUAAAGGGGGCGGUAUAAGAUGCAUUAAUCGUUUAUCUCGAUCAAUUGUUUUCCAUACUCUGUAGAAGCCAAAAUCAAAACCAGAUUUUCGAUUAAUUGCACAGCCCUACCCUUUUCGCAGCGCCAUACAACAGAAUUUCGCAUGCUCAAACUCUAGUGUGACCGCAGCUUCGGUGUGGGAUGAGAUUCAGCAACUCCUCAGACCUUAAUAAACACAUAAAGACCCAUACUAGAGAGAAACCAUUCACAUUCACUCAGUGUGGGAAGAGUUUUAGCUGAUCAGCAAUCCUUAACGAACACAUGAAGAUCCACACUGGUGUGAAAGAGUAUAUGUGCUUGAGUGUGAGAAGACUUUUAUUACAGCUCCAAAAUUAAAACUGCACCAGACGAUUCACACUGGAGAAGACCGUACAAGUGUUCACACUGUGACAUGUCUGAAUAAUGUUUGAAAAGGCUGAGUGACGGUAUACUGUUUUCCAACACUCUUACACUGCAGUAGGUGGGGUUGUAAAUGUGUCCUCGCAUUUACUGUAAACACGAUGGUGGCGGCUGAGAGAAGAACAGUUUCAUACACAUCUGGCAAACCACCUCUGCAGCUUGAAAUCUCUUUGCAAGUGAUUGUACAGGUGCGGAUACAUCUGUACUUUACUCUCCAGUAUAUUCAUGUAGCUAGUGUUGUUUUGGAUGAUGUUCUCUGUCUGACUCCCUGAAUGAGAAACAAAUCACUGGGAAGACGCUGCACAUCAAAGAAGGUGGAGCUCCAGGACGGUUAGUUUGCAGUAUACCAGGGCCUCAAGUUUAGAAAGCUCAUUCAAUUGUCCAGUGUUGCAUCUUUUAUUAGUAAAGUUUCUUUAUUUUUAGGUUCAAGAUUCUUUCUAGUUUACUACAUUUACUUUUCUGAGUAGAAUACAAACUUGAUGAAUAUUUUAUGAUUUAAGCAGAGCGACAGGUAUUAAGUUUUACAAUAUUAAUACACUGUGAUGAUCCCAAGACUCCAUAUUGCAGUAUGUGGUAAAUCCUGAUUGGAUGCCUGCAUUACUCAUCAAUGGAUUUAUAAAAGUUGUUGCGCUAGAUACACCAGGAAGCUGUGGCUACUCGGGAGUCCCCAUGUCUAGACCUGCCCUCUCAUUGACUCUUUAACCUUAUGGUUUUGUUUUGCAUUACUUGUAUCAUGUAGUUAAAGUGUUGUUGUGAUUAUAUUCUGAGUUCUUUAUCUUCAUUAUUAUCCCUAGACAUUUGUUGGUUGCUUUGAUUGAUUGUUCUAUGAGUGACAUUUUAUAAUAAAUAAUUUGC